AUGUCUCUGGACAAAACCAUUUGGGACGAGGAGGUUCCCGUACCGCUAAGCACCAUUUCUUAUGUUGAUGGCGGGAUCCUCAAAAAAUUGCCUCCAGGGACAACUACCGGCCUCAUAACACCAAGCGGAGCCUCAUAUUGGGCACGAACCGCACACAUCGAAGCCACCAAUGUACAUCAGGGCGAGCAUGGCAAGAACAUGGUCGCUUCAGAAUUUCAUGCCAUGAGCGAGCUUUACAAAGUCAUGCCGGAAAUGGUCGCUCUCCCAGUGGGAUGGGGAAGUUAUGAAAACGUUGCAGAUACACACUUCUUCGUCUGUAAAUUUCAUGAGAUGAGCCACGACAUCCCUGACUGCAGAGACUUUCCAGCCAUGCUGGCGGAAAUGCACAAGCGUGGCGUUUCUCCUAACGGCAAAUUCGGGUUUCUGAUAGGGACCUUCGCGGGAAACUCGUCUCAGAUAUUUCCUGUAAGUGAUACAUGGGAAGAAUGUUUCACUCAUGGAUUAAAACACGUCUUCGCCAAUGAGGUGGCAACCCAUGGUAUAGAUGAGGAGUUUGAAAUGCUCAAGAAGAGCGUUGUUGAGAAGGUUAUCCCACGCCUUCUUCGACCUCUUGAGACCGGAGGAAGAUCCAUCACGCCACGUCUUGUCCAUGGUGAUCUUUGGGACGGAAAUGCAUCUGUAGAUGUGGUCACAGGCAAGCCGAUGAUCUUCGACGGGACCCCGCUGUAUGCACAUAACGAAUAUGAGAUGGCGCCAUGGCGAGCAAGCCGUCACAAAAUGACGAAAGCUUACAUCGAUGAGUACACGAAACACUUCCAGGUUUCAGAGCCCGCUGAAGAGUUUGAUGAUCGUGGUGAUUUGUAUUGCUUGCGUUUUGACACCAUGUCUUCUUCUCUCUACCCUGGAAAUCUGCGCUUCCAUGAAAUUGCCAAAGAGACAAUGAGGAAGCUUGUCGCCAAAUACGAGGAGGGUUAUGAAGGCUAUGCGGCGAGACAUGGCCUGACAUGAAUCUUUG